AUGUUUCGCACCGGAUUCUUAACUUUGCGUCGUGGUUUUCCUACUAAAGUUCUUUCUGGCUCGUCAAGAUACCUCUCCACCGGUAAGUCAGGCUCCAAGAUUUCUUCGCAAACUCAUGUGAAAAAAGCUGCUACAGCGCUAACAGCAGGAGCUUUGCUGGGUCUUUUAGUCUCGGGUUCCUUUAUCGGAUUGGAAACGCCGGCUGGAAAGCCCCAGAGCGAAAAAGCUAUCACCUCACCAGCCAAAACAGAAGCGCCUUCUCCAGAGACAAAGUCCACACAAGAAGCAGCAAACCCUGAUAAAAAGGAUGAAGAGGAUGACAAGUCUAAACCUCAAUCUGCGUACGACCCCGAUACUGGUGUCAUUAACUGGGAUUGUCCUUGUUUGGGCGGAAUGGCCCAGGGCCCAUGUGGUGAAGAGUUCAAAGCCGCUUUCUCGUGCUUCGUCUACUCCGAAGAGGAUCCUAAAGGUAUCGAUUGCAUAGAGAAGUUCAAGGGUAUGCAGGAGUGUUUCAGAAAAUACCCUGAAUACUACGCCGAACAAAUUAAAGACGAAGAAGAAGCUGCACACGUCGCUCAGAACUUGGAGUCGCGUAACGACCAGGACCAGAUGAUUGACGAAGUCCAAAAUGUGCAUCCUGAGGAGUCGACCCCAAUACUUCAGCAAAAAGCCGACUUCUCGUCCGCUUUAGAUUCCGAAGAAACUCAUCAAGUAGUAGAGUCCAAAUCCGACAAGGAGGAGUAA